AUGUCUGUCGAAGAACUCAAACAAACCGUUCACAAAUUGCAAGAACGUAUCCAACAAUUGGAAAAGAAAGCUGGUCUUAUCCCAGAAGUUCCAGAAUCCAUUCGUAUGGUUCUUAUUGGUCCUCCAGGUGCUGGUAAGGGUACUCAAGCUCCAAACUUGCGUGACAAAUUCUGUGCUUGUCAUUUAGCCACUGGUGAUAUGUUACGUGCUCAAGUUGCUGCCAAGACUGCCCUUGGUGUUGAAGCUAAGAAGAUUAUGGACCAAGGUGGAUUAGUCUCUGAUGAAAUCAUGGUCAAUAUGAUCAAGAGUGAAUUGGAAAACAACAAGGAAUGUUCUCAAGGUUUCAUUUUGGAUGGUUUCCCAAGAACCAUUCCUCAAGCUGAAAAGUUGGAUGAUAUGUUGAAGGAAAGAAAGACUCCUUUACAAAGUGCUGUUGAAUUGAAGAUUGACGAUGAAUUAUUAGUUGCCAGAAUUACUGGUAGAUUAGUCCAUCCUGCCUCUGGUAGAUCCUACCACAAGUUGUUCAACCCACCAAAGAAGGAAAUGACUGAUGAUCUUACUGGUGAACCAUUGGUUCAAAGAUCUGACGAUAACGAAGAAGCUUUAAAGAAGAGAUUGAUCACUUACCACAAGCAAACCGAACCAAUUGUUGACUACUAUACCAAGACUGGUAUCUGGCAUGGUGUUGAUGCUUCCCAAAAGCCAGCCAAGGUUUGGGAUGACAUCUUAAAAUGUUUGGGUCAAAAAUAA